UGGGAGGCAGAACUUUCAGUGAACCGAGACUGCACCACUGCACUCCAGCCUGGGAGACAGAGCAAGACUCCAUCUCAAAACAAAAAACAAAACAACACAAAAAAAGAAAAGAAAUAGAUGUAGUCAGGCCAGUCCUGGGAAGCAAAGGCGGUGCUGGGGAUGGGAGGAGGCAGGCAGGUUCCAGAGACUGUGAGGGGAUCAGCAGGACUCCUGAAGCCCUCAGUCAGUAGGAGCGGGUGGAGGAGAGGGACAGACCCAGCUUGGUUUGCAUAACACCAGGUUCAUCUUGAGGCUGACAUUUCUCCUUGACCUUUUUGUUUAGUCCCCACCCCCAAGGUCGCAUUAGCUGCCUGCUGAGUUUAAUCAAAUCUCUUCCUGUCCUGGCAAUGCCCGGGAAUGAAGGGAUAAUCAGUCUAUUUCCAGAAUCCAAAGAGGUUUAGAAGAAAAAGUAGCUUUCAUUUAGCUGUUGGCCCUCCCACCAACCUUCCCCAAGUGAGCUGGGUGACUCAUACAUCUGUGAGACCGUCUGUAUGGAGACGGGGCGGGGGGUGUCGCUUAAUGCUUAGAACUGCUGAAACGACCAGUUCACUGUCUCAGCACUAAUCCAACUCUGCUCCUUAAGUGGGAUUUGGCUUUUAGACAUUGAGACCUGGACGCUGGGCAUCCUCGCUAGAUCGCCUACAAAUUCCCCACAUACACAGGCCAGGGGCCUCAGCGGUGCCUCUGCAGGCUCAGCUGGUGCGACGGCACCAGCUUGCUCAGAACAAGGGCUGGCUGUUCAUCAUCUCAGAGCACAGAGACCCUCUCCUUGCCACCCGGCCCUUGCCACCUGGUUGGUGACAAAUCACAAGGUAUGUGACCACCACAGGCCAAAACCUUCUCAGAAACCUGGGGCAGGUGUGGGGAAGAGCCAGGAUGGGCGUUUUCAUGCAGACAGUAGGUCCCACCUUCACCUUUUCUGUGUGGUUUCCAUAAGACUUUGCUAUUUAAGGAGACUCAUGCCAUGGCUCAUGCCUGGAGUCCCAGCGACUCAGGAGGCUGAGGCUGGAGGAUCACUUGAAGCCAGGAAUUCGAGACCAACUUGAGCAAUACAGUCAGACCCAGUCUGUACAAAAAAAAACCAAAAAACAAAAAUAAAAAUAAAUGAGCUAGACAUGGUGUCACACACCUGUAGUCCUAGCGACUCAGCAGGCUGAGGCAGGAGGAUCACAAGCCCAGGAGUUCAAGGUUACGGUGAGCUGUGAUUGUGACACUGCCCUCCAGCCUGGGCAACAGAACGAGAUCCUAUAUCUUAAAAAAAAAACCUCAGAGUAUGUUUAAUUCCAGACCACUAAGAUGGCCUCUUAAUUGUAAUACAGAGUGGCUAUCUCUUAGUAGGAAUUGCUGAAUAGAACUUUUGGGAUUUUAAUAUAUUCUUUAAAAAAAAAGAAAAAUUGGUAGGAUCUUGCUAUGUCCCCCAGGCCAGUCUCCAGCUCCUGGCUUCAAAUGAUCCUCUCACUUCAGCCUCCCAAAGUGUUGAGAUUACAGGUGUGAGCCACAGUACCCAGCCAUUAAUAUAUUCUUGAAAACAGUCUUUAUGAAGUAGUUACGUUGUGGUUUUCAGGAACUUUUUUGAUUUGUCAUUAGACACAGUCACGAUAGAACUUUAAAUUCAACCUGGCUAAGUGUGAAAACACCAAAGGUUAGCCAGAAAGUAAAACCUCACUGGAAUCUAGCUGGACUCCCUGGUGAGGUGUACUGAGAAAUGUUUGAAGCUUACCAAGAAAAAUAAAAAUAUUGAAAACACCCCAAAUCAUGCUGCAGUAAAAUACAAACUAAGCAAAGACUCAUCAAUGAAACUCGGAUGUUGAAGCCGGUAGAAGGGAAUGGUGAGGGUGCACAGCAUCUCGUGAGUAGAUUUCAUACCCAGGAUGUUCUUGACUUGAUAUUUAGGAUUGUCUUACCUUUCUCCAGUCCUCUAACGCCUGACCAACACCCCAAGGUGGUAGAAGUUACCAGGGACAGGUAACAUGGCAGCCAGCGGGAAGACCAGCAAGUCCGAACCAAACCAUGUUAUCUUCAAGAAGAUCUCCCGGGACAAAUCGGUGACCAUCUACCUGGGGAAGAGAGACUACAUAGACCAUGUCAGCCAAGUCCAGCCUGUGGAUGGUGUCGUGUUGGUUGAUCCUGAUCUCGUGAAGGGAAAGAAAGUGUAUGUCACUCUGACCUGCGCCUUCCGCUAUGGCCAAGAGGACAUUGACGUGAUCGGCCUGACCUUCCGCAGGGACCUGUACUUCUCCCGGGUCCAGGUGUACCCUCCUGUGGGGGCUGCGAGCACCCCCACAAAGCUGCAAGAGAGCCUGCUGAAAAAGCUGGGGGGCAACACGUACCCCUUUCUGCUGACGUUUCCUGACUACUUGCCCUGUUCAGUGAUGUUGCAGCCAGCUCCGCAAGAUUCAGGAAAGUCCUGUGGGGUUGACUUUGAGGUCAAAGCAUUCGCCACAGACAGCACCGAUGACGAAGAGGACAAAAUCCCCAAGAAGAGCUCCGUGCGGUUACUGAUCCGGAAAGUACAGCAUGCCCCACUGGAGAUGGGUCCCCAGCCCCGAGCUGAGGCGGCCUGGCAGUUCUUCAUGUCUGACAAGCCCCUGCACCUUGCGGUCUCUCUCAGCAAAGAGAUCUAUUUCCAUGGGGAACCCAUCCCUGUGACCGUGACUGUCACCAAUAACACAGAGAAGACGGUGAAGAAGAUUAAAGCAUACGUGGAACAGGUGGCCAAUGUGGUUCUCUACUCGAGUGAUUAUUAUGUCAAGCCUGUGGCUAUGGAGGAAGCGCAAGAAAAAGUGCCGCCAAACAGCACUUUGACCAAGACGCUGACGCUGCUGCCCUUGCUGGCUAACAAUCGAGAAAGGAGAGGCAUUGCCCUGGACGGGAAAAUCAAGCAUGAGGACACGAACCUUGCCUCCAGCACCAUCAUUAAAGAGGGCAUAGACCGGACCGUCCUGGGGAUCCUUGUGUCUUACCAGAUCAAGGUGAAGCUCACAGUGUCAGGCUUUCUGGGAGAACUCACCUCCAGUGAAGUCGCCACUGAGGUCCCAUUCCGCCUCAUGCACCCUCAGCCUGAGGACCCAGCUAAGGAAAGUUACCAGGAUGCAAAUUUAGUUUUUGAGGAGUUUGCUCGUCAUAAUCUGAAAGAUGCAGGAGAAGCUGAGGAGGGGAAGAGAGACAAGAAUGACGUUGAUGAGUGAAGAUAUCAGUUCAGGAUGCCGGAAAAUGACCUGUAGUUACCAGUGCAAAGCCCCACAGUUUAGCCCUUUGGAGUUAUGCUACGUAUGAAAGGAUGAGUCUUCUUCUGAGAAAUAAAGCUUGUUUGUUCUCCCCUGA